UUACGGCGUUGACUUCUUGCGUAGCAGACUUUGAGGAAUAGGGACAGUGUUACUCUCCCCCCCUCCCUUCCUCACGGGGAGGCCCGGCUCUAGUAAAGAAAGCUACGCACCUUUCGUAACCCGGCUGCCGCGCGGAGCCGUACUUCGCCAAGAGGGCUCAGGGCGUAGUUGGCUUCCGGGAAUAGGCGUAGGUAUUUUCGAGGGCCGCUGUUUGCGCAGCGCCGGGCCGUCCGUAGCGUAACUGAAGCAGGUUGGGGCGGCGGCAGCCAUUUUGUGCCGGGAGCACGGAGGAGCAGGACGCUGGUGUCUCCACACUUCACGGGCCCUGGAGCCGACCGAGAGCCCCGCCGUUCCCUCCACCGACGUCCAGCGGGUCUCUGACCCACUGACCAAUUCUUCUCCUUUUGUAUCCCACCAAAGAAGCGAGGUGGCGCAAAGCGAUUCCUCCGAGACACAGCCGCCCCUGGCUGGACCGUCUCCUCGUACCCCUAGCCCCUCGCCGUCCCCACGGCCGGCAUUCCGCUGCCUUUCUCCCACCCCUCCGGGGGCGAUGAGAGGCUUCGGGGACCGGGGCCGCGACCGAGACCGCGGCGGGUUUGGAGCAAGUCGUGGGGGUCCUCUGCCUCCAAAGAAAUUUGGUAAUCCAGGGGAACGUUUACGUAAGAAAAAAUGGGAUUUAAAUGAACUGCCCAAGUUUGAGAAGAAUUUUUAUGUGGAACAUCCAGAAGUGGCCAGGCUUACUCCGUAUGAAGUUGAAGAAUUGCGAAGAAAGAAAGAGAUAACAAUUCGAGGAAUGGAAGGCUGCCCCAAGCCAGUGUUUGCCUUCCACCAGUGUAGCUUUCCACAGUAUGUGAUGGAUGCCUUGAUGGACCAGAACUUCACGGAACCCACUCCAAUCCAGUGCCAAGGCUUUCCUUUAGCCCUCAGUGGUCGUGAUAUGGUGGGCAUUGCACAGACUGGCUCUGGGAAGACACUAGCUUACUUGUUGCCUGCAAUUGUUCACAUCAACCACCAGCCAUAUUUGGAGAGAGGGGAUGGCCCAAUUUGUCUGGUUCUAGCCCCUACUCGAGAGUUGGCUCAGCAAGUGCAGCAGGUGGCUGAUGAUUAUGGCAAAUGUUCAAGACUGAAGAGUACCUGCAUAUAUGGAGGAGCACCCAAAGGUCCCCAAAUCAGAGAUCUAGAAAGAGGUGUGGAGAUCUGCAUUGCUACACCAGGCCGCUUGAUUGAUUUCCUUGAGGCAGGAAAGACCAACCUUCGUCGGUGUACGUACCUGGUGCUGGAUGAAGCAGACAGGAUGUUGGACAUGGGAUUUGAACCCCAAAUUCGUAAAAUUGUUGACCAGAUAAGGCCUGACAGACAGACUCUGAUGUGGAGUGCCACCUGGCCAAAAGAAGUGCGCCAGCUCGCUGAGGACUUCCUGCAGGACUAUGUUCAGAUCAAUGUGGGAAACCUGGAGCUGAGUGCCAACCACAAUAUCCUGCAGAUAGUGGAUGUAUGCAUGGAAAGUGAGAAAGACCACAAACUGAUACAACUGAUGGAAGAAAUCAUGGCAGAGAAGGAAAACAAAACUAUCAUCUUUGUGGAGACAAAGAGGCGAUGUGAUGAUCUCACUCGAAGGAUGCGCAGAGAUGGUUGGCCAGCUAUGUGUAUCCAUGGAGACAAGAGUCAGCCAGAAAGAGAUUGGGUGCUUAAUGAGUUUCGUUCUGGAAAGGCUCCUAUCCUCAUUGCUACCGACGUUGCAUCUCGUGGGCUAGACGUGGAAGAUGUUAAAUUUGUGAUAAACUACGACUACCCGAACAGCUCUGAAGAUUAUGUGCACCGUAUUGGUCGUACCGCACGUAGUACCAACAAAGGUACUGCCUACACCUUCUUCACACCAGGAAACCUGAAACAAGCCAGGGAGCUUAUCAAAGUGUUGGAAGAAGCCAAUCAAGCCAUCAAUCCAAAACUGAUGCAGCUUGUGGACCACAGAGGAGGAGGAGGUGGUGGUGGAGGAGGUCGUUCUCGUUACCGAACGAGCAGUUCGGUAAACAACCCUAACCUGAUGUACCAAGAGGAGUGUGACAGGAGGCUCCGGGGAGUGAAGGAGGGCCGGAGAGACUCGGGUGGCUUCAGAGACCGUGAGCGUGGUGACAGUUAUGCCAACGGAGCCAACAAGACCUAUGGCAGUGCCUACGGGAGCCCAAAUUCUGCUUUUGGGGCAGCGCAGAGCCAGUAUGGUUACGCUCAAGGGAGCUAUGGAGCAGCUGCCUAUGGCACGAGUGGCUAUGGCACUGCAGAGUACAGUGCUAGUGGCUAUGGUGCCAGCACCACAGCUGCCACCGCUGGGAGAACCUCACAGAGCACUACCCAACAGCAGUAUGCAGGGAUGGUGGGGCGCUCGGGCCAGCAGCCACAGCCGCUCAUGUCACAACAGUUUCCGCAGCCCCCUGGCACUAGCGUGAUGGGCUAUAUGGGACAGACUGCCACCUACCAGUAUCCGCCCCCUCCCCCACCCCCUCCCCCCUCCCGCAAAUGAGACCACUUGCCCACCUGGUGGUGACCAGUGUAGACCUCUUGCAUUUAAAGGAACCUUUUCUUUCUCUCCCAUUGUGAUGUCUUUCUCAUGCAGGUUAGACUUAGAAUUCACCAUUCAAAUCCCUCAAGCCCAUCGAAAAUGGCCCUCAGUCCACAUUGCUGACCCUGUCCUCUUUUUCUUUUUUCUUUUUUUUUUUUUUUUAAGAGAGAUAUAUAGUUGACUGGAAAAUUUAUUAAUUUUUUUGUCUUGCAUGUUAAGGAAAUUUGAAAUCUUAUUUUCUCUAAAAGAAAUGGGUAUAAGGCAGAUAGGUCCCAGCUUGAUCAUCUUGGUGUCUAAGGUUUGUGUGAAAACUUGCUUUUGAGAGGUGAAAGUUUCUAUUCUGUAACAUGUUAACUUAAUUUCAGGAAGUACCAAGAGAGGUGGGAAACUUUGGGGAGCCAAGAGCACUUCAUUUGAAAUUAUAAAUGCAAGGGAGCAAUGCUCACUUCUAAUCUUAAUUUUUUUUUAAAAAAAAAGCUCACUAUUAUUGCUUGUAAUCUAUCAUAGGUGAAUUUCUAUAGGAAAACUCUGCUCACUUGUCUGAGCUGAGCAGUGUUCAGAGUAAUGCCCCAGGUACAAUGUUGGCAUUUGCUGCAGCUCUGGAAGCAGUGGCCCUGUCUUCUGGUACUUCUAGCAGCCUGCAGUAGGGAAGCUGGGAUUGAAACCCCAGUGUCAAGAGACCAAACCUGUCUUGGAUUUGAUACCUGAAAACCAGAUAGUCACUGUAGGUACCACUGCUACAAUGUUUAGCCAAGUAAGUUCUUUCCUUACGAUUGUAAAAUUGCAGAAUCGCAAAUGUGUGGAGCCUGGUUAUCCUUAAAUUAGUUUCUGCUCUCAAAUUCCUAUUGAGUUUAUUGAGGAAAAAUCUUAUUUGAGAGCCUAGAAACUUAACAGAACAGAGAUGGUGAACAGCGUAUCUUGUUUGUCCAUGAACAAACUACCUUUAGCCGUGGGCAGUGCUUUGAAUUCUGCUGCAGUGAAUAAAAUGUGACAGAGUUUUCCACACUUUACUUUAAGAGGUUUGAAUAGGGUGGGCUGGGGGGAGGGCAAGGGGAGGAAGGGAAGAAGGGGAGAUUGCCUGGAAUCUCCUUUUCAUGAGGUAAGCAGUGAGCUGGUUAGUGCAUCUUGAUUCUGAAGCUUCUUUUCUUUUGUACCUUGCUCUGACUUUUCCUGGCUUUUGAGUGCAUUUCCCUGCUCCAUUGGUCCUUUUGAGCUGAGCUCUCGCAGGUAGGUAGCAUUUUAGAAAAUGUUAGAGAAGAGUGAAAUUUUAGUAAAUACGUAAAUAAAACUUGUUUGUUUUACUGGCUAAGGUGGGUGUGAGGGGGGGUUCCCCUUUAGUAAAGCAUGUUGUUGACUUGUUAUUUCUAAUACCAGACGGUUCAGAGACAGUAGAUGAUAACAGGAGUUGGCUGCUCUUGAUCCGAUAAUGUGACAGAAGAAUGGAUACAUCUCCUGGUUUGUGAGGCAUUUUCUUUGUAUUACAAGAAUGCAGGGGGUUUUUUAUUUUGUUGGUUUUUUUCUUCUGUUGAUGUUCUUGCAUAUGGAUGACCAAGGUAGCCUACUCCUUCUGUAGGAGAGUGGCACUUCUUAGAGCCCAAGAAAAGAGUUUGCUUCUACAGAAGUGAUUUAUUUUUUCAAUUUAAUUUCUUCCCAGAGUAAAAUUUUUGGGGGACGAAUGCGCUUUUUUUUUUUUUUUGUGCGAUACACAGGUAGGUUGCUGACACAGAGGGAAAAGGGAGAGAGAUCUUCCAGAACUUUGGUUCCCUCAUCCCAUCUUCUAAUUCCAGUGCUUGGACGGGAAGUUCCUUUGCUUGUGUUAAGUGAAAGCCAGAAGCAUUUUGUUUAUUCAGGCACUGACCUGUCUUUGGCCUCCCUCACAAGCAAACGUAGAGCUGUUUUGGGGACUCUUUUGUUGUGUUUUUUGUUUUUAUUUUUAAUUUGUGAGUUCAAAUGCAGAAAUGUGUUUGAGGGGUGUAGGGGUAGGACAUCUCACUGACUGGCUUUAUAAAGGGUCUCUGGACCGCCAAAGCUGCCUUACAGUCUGCUAUAGCUUUCACUUAUUUUUGGGGGAGGACUUGUGCACGUGUAAACGCAUAUGCCAAGUCUUGCAGUGCUUUAUUGCCAUUGAGGUCAGAGGAAGCCCAGGGUCUCGGUUCAGUUCAGAGUGUUAACCAGACUGUUGAAUCCAUGAACGCACCAUGGCACGUGCUGCCCUGUUCCACCUGGUGCUCGCUGCUCUGUCCCGUGUACCAGCUGGAGAGCCCAUGUUGAUAAAGCCUAUUAGCUUCUAGUAUCAUUUGCGUUGUUUUCAAUCUGUAAAAGCUUGUGGGAGUGUCAGAUAAGUUGGGUGUCUCCUCCCCUCCCACUUCCUGAAGCAAUUUACUGUUUGGACUUCUCUGAACAAUGGAAGGGUUAGUGGCUUUGUGUGGGAUCAGCUGCUUGUUUCACACACCUGCUGGUCUCUGAACACAUUCCUGUUGUAUUAAUAAAGACUUGAAUUGAGAGAUCCAUAGAUCUGUGGUGUUCAGACACAGGAUACUAAGAGCUAUGUUACUAUUCUUAGUUUGUAAAUUGUCCUUUUGAUACCAUCUUGUUUUCUUUUGUAGGUAUAAAUAAAAACACUGUUGUCAAUAAA